CCAAACGGUCAAGACGCGGAGCUCCGCCGAAAAAAUUCUGAAAUCAGGGGGCGAGGGGACUACAAAUCGCAGCCCGAAUCGCGCUUCGUGGAAAGAAAAAAAGCAACAAAAAAAAAAAUUACCAUAAAAUAAUUGCAGAGGGCUCAGCGUUGGCCCAGAAGAAAAAAAGCAAACACGUUUCGAAAACCAUAUAAACGCGUAAAAACGUCAAAACAAAAAAGAAAAAAGUUUCCAAAAAGUGUUACCAAAAAAAAAUAUGUUUCCAGUUAAACAAAAAUGCCAAUUAUGGGCAGCCUAAGGCGCAAGAAGGAGAGAGUCAGGGCAACUCUGGCUCUUCCCUCUGGUUGUUGUGUGUAAUGUGCGAAACGAUUUUCCUCCUUCGAUGAUGUCCUUUUGCUUUUUUUUUGUUGGUUUUUGUGCACAAAUAUGCACAGGCCAUGUCCAUAGAUACAGCCAAGAACGGCCUGCAAACGGGCCUCAGAUGAACCUUCUCCAGGACAAGGCAGAAAAAUAAUAAAAAAAAAAACAAGAACAAGGAUAACAAUUGCAGAUGAAGGAGAGUUCUUUCGUUUUUUAUUGUUAAGAAGGCAAAAUCAUAACCUUGAAGCCUUUUGGCCUUCUGGCUCUCAACUGGUAUUGAGGCCUGAGCCUCUGGCUUACACUGGACUGGCGUACAACAUGGCGUAUGGUUAAUGCGGGGAAGGAAAACAAGCCAAAUAAACGAGGAAAAUAGUACGAAAACAUGUGCAACAAAGUGUGUGGGUGCGCGAGUGCGAGUUCGAGUGCCAAAUAAAAUAUUAAGCAAAUAAAUAAGCCACUCGACUCUGGACUCCAGCUCUGGGCCACUGGACUGGCUCUGGCUACUGUCUGUGCUCUGCUCGAUUUGCUCGACAAAUUCCGAUUCCCGAUGACGCAUUCGAGAAGAGUAGGGCAGGAAGGUUAAAUUACACAAAACGUCAAAUUCGCCACGUACGACAGAGAUUUCGGAGUCGUACAGUCCGAAAAUUCGGUUUCGGAGUCCUUGCUCGGGAUACGGUGACGGAUACGGAUACGGCUCCAGCAGUGUAAUGCGCCUUGGGGGCAGUGGCAUUCCAUACGACGGCGACCCCCUGACAAUGAGCGCAGCUGGCAACGAUUAUGCCGAACUCUGUGAUCUUGGACCCUCGCGCUGGAGCGCCCGCUCCUACGGAUACCACGCCAACGCUGCAGCCGCCGCCGGUCUGGGGCUUGGACCCUCGGCCGGAGGCGGAAGCUUGGGCGGCCUCAUUGCGGGCGCCACGCAGUCGUCGUCGAGCGUGCCGACGGGCGGAUCGUCGGGCCUCAGUGCGCACCAUCUGCGCGGAAGUGGAGCGGCGGUGGCCAGCAGCUAUGAGGCGGAGGACAUUGGCCUGGCCUUCGGCAUGAUUAGUCCGCCGCCGGGCAGCGGACCCUACGGCGGAUCAGCAGCAGCGGCGGCAGCGGCCGGGGGAUCACGUGUCGGCAACAGCACCAGCUCGCUGCGAGGCGGGGGUGGACGCUCUGGGCUAUACUACUCGCCGCCGGGCACCUCCUACACGAUCAUCGAGCGCCCCCACUCGCCGCACUACUACUACAACUCGGCGGGCGUGCCGACGAAGGGCGGAUCCCUGCCCGGACGCGGCAGCGCCUACCUCAGCUCCUCACCCGCCAGCCAUAUGGCCGCCGGUACGGCGGGAACCCUGCCCACCUCGACGGCCGCCAGCGGGCGGUCGAUGGGCCAGCACUCGGGCAGCAACGGCAACAAGAAGCGACCCAUAUCGCCGGAGCAGGUGCUGCGCAUGUUCGGGGCAAGUGCCACGCAGUCGUCUUCAGUUCCUACGAGUAGCUAUCACUACAGCAACGGUGGCACGCGGGAUCGCACGGGCAGGCGUAGUCCGGCCAGCAGUCCGCCCUCCACAACCCACCAGAUCUAUCGGGAUCGUGAGCGGGAAAGGGAUCGCAGUGUUCCCAAUAUUCAUGAGCUCACGACGCGAACGGUUUCCAUGUCACGUGACCAGCAAAUAGAUCAUGGCUUUGGAAUCUGCGUUAAAGGAGGAAAAGACUCAGGCUUAGGCGUUUACAUCUCGCGCAUCGAGGAGAAUUCGGUGGCCGAGCGCGCCGGACUGCGACCCGGUGAUACAAUCCUAGAGGUGAACGGCACCCCAUUCACCUCCAUCAAUCACGAGGAGGCGUUGAAGAGAUGUGUGCAGAUAUUGAAAUCGUCACGCCAAAUCAGUAUGACGGUGCGUGCACCGCCCACGCUGAACUCGACCGCCCCGCUCCACGGCUUCGGGCCCCCCUCGCGGGACCCCAUGUACGCGUCGAUGGCACCCCCCCUGCACCCACAGAACCAGGCGGCAGCCGCGGCGGCGGCCGCUUCCGGGGCGGGCCUGCCCUUUCGCCAGACCUGCUCCUGGAUGGACCGCCACGGCCGGCCCGCCUCCCCGCCCAUGGAGUACGGGGGCAGGCGCAGCGACCGAAGGGAUCGGAUACGACGCGUGGAGUUGCUCAUCGAACCGGGUCAGUCGCUGGGCCUGAUGAUUCGCGGCGGAGUGGAGUACGGUCUGGGGAUAUUUGUGACCGGCGUAGACAAGGAUAGUGUGGCCGACCGGGCCGGACUGAUGAUCGGCGACGAGAUCCUGGAGGUCAACGGGCAGUCCUUUCUCGAUGUGACGCACGACGAGGCUGUGGGCCAGCUGAAGUACCACAAGCGCAUGUCCUUGGUGAUACGUGACGUGGGCAAGGUGCCGCACUCGUGCACCUCCAUCGAGAUGGAGCCCUGGGAUGCCUACAGCCCGACGGGAACGAGAGCUCGACGAAAAGGUCAAAUUGCGACCAUGGUGGAGGAGAAGGCUCGCUCGCUGCUGCCACGUCAUCACUUUGCAAGCCUUUCGUACUACAUUGCCGAAUAUAGUGCGAAAGCAAUGACCAUAGAUGCCUUUGUUGCCGUCUUAUUAGAGAUGCUAGACACGUACGAGAAGCACACGCUGGUGACGGAAAUCCGGGAACUUGUCUUCCCCGAGGAUCGCACGCGAUACGACGAGUUGGUGUAUCGGCGGGAACGCGAUCCCUACAGCGUGGAUAGGCAUAGGCGUAAGGGAGACCCCACUCGUGAUUUGCCGGUAACCGCCGACGAUUUGGAGAUUAUAGCCGCCACCGGACGGAGUCCUUCAUCGGACUCGGGCCUGGGCAUGACCGUGACGGAUAUUCAUAAACGACCCGCUCUACAAUUGCCCCAUAGGCCCAUGUCGGCGGGACCCAUACUGCAUCGCUCACAGCCAGCAUCCCAUUAUCAGACAGCCAGCAACCAGUCCUCAUCACCAUUAUCGCCACCACAACAGCAACAACAGCAACAGAAGCCACACCAACAGCAGCAACAUUAUCCACCCCAUCAUGCCUCAUUGCGUCAUCUGGGCGGUGGAGGCGGCACCGUGGGACCUGGUCGUCAUCAUCAUCUGAAAUUCAAGCAGGCCAAAGACAAUCAGCAACAGGAAUACGGCUGUGAUGAGCACAGAACUCGCCGGGGCAGCGAAACCCUUUUACCGGAAUACGAACAAGAUACGGAACAGGGCGGCUACUUAGAUGGACUGCGUUCACAUUUGGGUGGUUUAACACAACGUGUCAAAUCAUGGUAUUGGGGACGACCUCUAGAGUUGGCCACAAAACUCUCACGAAGUUUCGAUAUGAAGGAAGAAGGCGGCACAUUGCUGGGCGAUAAAGGUGUACGAAGGCAUCAGUCCAUGCAGCGUCUGUCAGCGGAGCAGAAUGGUGGUUCAACGACUGAACAAACACAUGAACACAAUCCAAACGUCGUACCUGAUCAUAGAGGCAACUUACACAUUACAGUUAAGAAAACCAAACCAAUUUUAGGUAUUGCUAUCGAAGGUGGUGCUAACACAAAACACCCGCUCCCUAGGAUAAUCAAUAUCCAUGAAAAUGGUGCAGCAUUUGAAGCGGGCGGCUUAGAAGUCGGACAACUGAUACUGGAGGUGGAUGGAACCAAAGUGGAAGGCCUACAUCAUCAGGAGGUUGCUCGACUGAUAGCUGAAUGCUUUGCUAAUCGUGAAAAGGCUGAAAUAACAUUCUUAGUUGUCGAAGCAAAAAAAUCAAAUUUGGAACCGAAGCCAACAGCUUUGAUAUUUUUAGAAGCCUAACAUUUGCUUGCCCUGCCGGCCAGUGACCCAUUGGAACGACAAAAACUCGAGUUCCUUUACGAAUGGGGCAUCGAUUUAACGGAGACGCCAAAACCAAUGCCAACACCAAUACCGCUAACAAAAGCCAAGAAUCCACCGCCACUGCCCCAUGAGCUGCAUAACAACAUCAACAGCCAUUAUGGCAGCAGUGCCGCGCUCAGCAACCAUCAUUCGCAUCAUCAGCAACACCACCAACCACAACAACAGUAUCAUCCAAACACACCCACAAACAACAACACUAACAACACCACUACUAAUACACAAGAACCACCAACAACAGCAACAUCGGUUGCAAAUAAACAACAAACACUAAACACUAAUACACCAACGAAAGCAUCUCGUGAGGCAACUCCCACAAGGGAGCAGCAGCAUGCCACGCCAACGAGGGAGCAACAGCAACAACAAACACCAACCCGCCAGCAGCUCUUGCAACAACAACGUGAGCAGCGUGAACAACGCGAACAACGUGAACAACGUGAACAACGCGAACAACGCGAUCAACGUGAACAACGCGAACAACGUGAAUAUCAUCGCGAUAGGCAGCAACAUUUGCGAGAGCAACGUGAACAGCGCGAACGGGAACACCAAGGACACGGACACGAACACCAUCACCACGAUCACCACCAAGGACACCACCAAGGACACCAACACGGACACCAACACGAUCACCACCACCAUCAUCAUUCAUCGGCAUCACAGCAGCAGCAACACCAACGCUACAGCAGCAGCAGCUACAAAUCUCAUAAUAAUUCCGUUUACCAGUAAACUAAAAACCAAAUUUUAACUAUUGGAGCCGCAAUAUUUGGGAAAAUUUCUUUCAAACUGCAACAGCAAUUCAAUCAGUAAACAGUUUAAUUGUGCUAACUUUUCCACAA